AUGUCACUGACCCCGACACUGUCACAGAGCCAUCUGACAGCCACACUCCUGACCUCCAUCCUGGCCGCGAUUCUCGGCUCCCUGCAGAUCGGCUACCACACCGGCAACGUCAACGCUCCAGCCAAGAUCAUCGAGGAGUUCUUCAACCACACGUGGAGAGCCAGGCACAACCAGUCGAUGCCAGAUCACAGCCUGACUCUCCUGUGGUCGCUCUCCGUCAGCAUCAAAGACUUCGGAGCCUUGCUGGGCUCGCUGGGUGUCAAAUAUCUGGCAGAUUCUUAUGGAAGGCGUAACUCCAUCCUCAUAGUUAACUGCCUCUCUGUGGUGGGGGCCUGUCUGAUGUCUGCCUCCAAAGUCAGCAAGUCAUUUGAGGUUCUCAUCCUGGGACGGUUGGUGUUCGGUCUCUUCUGCGGCCUGGUGAUGAGUCUUAACCCGCUCUACAUCCAGGAGGUGUCCCCCACAAACCUCAGAGGGGCUUUCGCUACACUAAACCAAGUGUCCUUUGCCUCGGGCAUCCUGGUGGGAAUGGUGGCUGGUCUGGAGACAAUAUUGGGCACUGAGCAUCACUGGGCCAUGAUGCUGUCCCUGUCCAUCAUCCCAGCCCUGACGCAGUACCUGGUCCUCCCUUUCUGCCCUGAGAGCCCUCGCUAUCUGCUCAUCAACCGAGGAGAGGAAAGCAAGGCGGAAGCUGCCCUGCUGAGGCUGAAAGGCAACACAGACAAGGUGUACGCUGAGCUGGAAGAAAUGAAGGAGGAGGCCGCACACACUCAGACCGGAGUCACCAUCAGUGAGUUCUUUAAGAAGCGCCGCUACAAGCAGCCAAUCAUCAUCGUCCUCAUCAUCAAUCUGGGCAGCCAGCUGUCUGGAUUCAAUGCGAUCAUCAAUUAUUCCACCAAAAUGUUCCAGGCCAAGUUUGACGAGGCCAAAUACCUGACGCUGGGCGUGGGCGCUGUCAAUGUGACCUUCACUUUGGUUGCAUUCUUCCUGAUGGAAAGGGCAGGCAGGAGGAGGCUGCUCCUGACUGGUUUCAUCUCCAUAGCAGCGUGCAACCUACUCAUGACCAUCGUGGAUUCUGUCCUGCACCUGGUCCCGGAGCUGCGCAGCCUGCAGGUCCUGCUGGUUUUCUGCCUGAUUUCGGCCUACGAGCUGGGCCCUGGUCCCAUCUCCUGGUUCAUCGCCGCUGAGCUGUUCGACCAGCCUGGCAGACCCAUCGCCAUGGCCUUCACCAGCAUGCUGAACUGGGGGGGGAAAUUUGUUCUGGCGCUCCUCUUCCCUCCGCUGCUGAAACUCUGCGGCGCGUACGUCUACCUCCUCUUCAUGAUUGUGGCUCUGAUCGCCUUCACCUUCACCUGGUUUCGCCUCCCGGAGACGAAAGGUCGCACGUUCGAUGACAUUGCAGAGGAGUUCAGAGGAGCCGAGGGCAUUCCUUUGCACAAUAAGGCCGGAUUCAACACUUUCACCUGACCGACCUAUCAAACCUUAGUGAAUCUGGUCGUGCUCAUGCUGUCAAUGGGUCGGUUCACCCAAUUUACCUACAUGUUUUUAACACAUAUCACUGGCAUGUAACCAAACAGGUGGGUUUUUAAGCUUGGGACUUCCUGGAACCUCCUUUGAAAAACAAUGUCCUGAAGAAGAAGCUUACGAACAACCAGUACGAAAGUGAAGGAGGCAAGGGGAUCUACGUUUCCUUUGCUUAUGUUAAAAAAUGUUUCUCUUAAAUCAAACAUGUUUUCAGAGGUUUAUCUGACAGCUAAUAAAGAGCAAUGUGAUACAGUGUGAUGCAGAGGUCAUCGAAAACAUUCAUUAAAGUCUGAUGAUGCUGAACUGAUUGACUGGGUUCAGCUAAGAAUGGCUUCGAAGAAGUUUGUGUCACCACCACUGGAUGUGACUGUGACUUGUGUAAAAUAUUGUUAAGUCAUGUGGAUAUUUUAGAUCUUUAAUGUUAUUGUUGUUGUUGUUAUGUAUCUAAGCUUGAUUACAUUCAACUGUAUUUAGGUGUACAUUUCAAUAUAUUUGUGGAAUGGUAGAAGAAGCAGCUGAUCCUGGUGCCCCCUCGGACCAGUCCCACCAGCCGACAGUCUUUCCUGGAAUUUGUGUUACCGUCUGCACACAAACUGCAGCCGUCCGGUUCAUUAUUGGUCUGUGAAAUCUCACAUAUCUCUCAACUGUGUACCCUUGUGAGAAGUCUGUGAAAACCAUGUGCGGCUGUGUGAAUAAAUAUUUCAUCCAACAUGGUCCACUGUGACUCGCAGGAACCGCAGAAGGAAGAGAAGCCAGGAGAUCACAGGACACGCUUGGCUUUUAAAUCAGCAGGGGGCGGAAUUAAAUUCAAUGUAAAUUACUGUAGUGGGUCGUUAAAAUUCAGCUUCCGAUAACUCAUGACACACAGUCUGGGUCUGAACCAAAUCAGUUCUCAAGGAUGUUUUGUCAUUAGCUCAUAGAGUGUCUGUUUUUGAUUUGAACAAAAUGUUUUGGUUUUUUUUAAAUGACAGUGAGGAGGAAAAGAAACACAUAACAAAGUCUAUGAGAAUCAUGAAAGUCAACAUAUACAAUGUUGGCUCCAUUUUUAAAAACUGGGCAGCCGUUAUAAAAAGAGAAAUAAUCUCUAAAAUACCCAGAUUUCUGUGUCUCUCUGCAAAAGUAGGAAAACAGUGCCAUCUACUGGACCAAGCUAAAGCAAGUUAUAAACUGUAAGAUGCACAGGAAACAUUGACAGAGCAACAUCUG